UAAACAUUUCAGCCAAUGAAAUCGCCGGAAUGCUGUUAUUGACGUGUGUCUCCACCAAUAGGAGUCCUUCUGUGGUAACAUUCAUUUCCACCCUUCGACUGAAUCCGAGAGUUUGUGGUAGGCGAUAGGUAUGUGUUCAAUGGCUCAGAGUCUGAUUAUGACAGCGACAUAAGUGUGCUUUUGCUUUUGGAAGAAGAAACAAGACAAUAUAUUGUGACAAUGGACGAGUCCUUUGAUCCUCUGAAAUGCAACGAGGACCUGUCUCCAUCCCCUGGGUGCCACAUGGAUUAUGAUGAUAUGCCAGACUUGCAGGAGGUGGAGGAGGACCAGAGGUCUCAGGGCUUGUUCCAGGUGGGAGCUGUGUCUCACCAGGAGCUCAGCGGCGCCCCGAACACCAACUGGCUCGCAGAAUUGGCCAAAAUUGCCACCAGUCCUCAGAGUCCUCUGCUAAAGGAUGCUCCACACAUAAGGUCAUCUCCAGUUCACAUCUUUGGCAACAGCAAUAGUUUACAUUCCUAUGCCCGGCCCCCAUUAGCCAGCAGUGCACCCAACCCGUCCAGAGGCCACCUCAGGGAGCGCAGACGUGUCAGGGCCAGCAGUGAAUCUGAGUCUGGAGUUUUUUCAAUGUCCUCGUCGUUUUCUGAUGAUGAAGACAUGGCCUGGUCUCACUCGUGGCCCUCGACAGCCUGGCACUGCUUCCUGAAAGGGACUCGCCUACGUUUCCAUCGAGGUCCAAAUGUGGAGUGGCAGGAAGCUGACGAACUCGGGGAUUCAGACGAUGAGUCAGAUGAUGAAACUAUGAUGCCGUCCUCGUUCUCUCUUAAGCAUUAUGGCUCAGAUGGACUCAAGUUGGUGAGUCAUGAAGAGACGAUUUCUUUUGGCCAGGCGGUUCUGAAGCUGACCUUUGACUCAGGCUCCAUGGAAAAGGGCCUUCUGACAGCCGAGUGCAGACUGGACCAUCCGUUUUUUGUCAAGAACAAAGGGUGGUCUUCAUUUUAUCCAAGCCUUACAGUGGUGCAUCAUGGGAUUCCUUGCUAUGAGAUGCACCUUGGAGAUGUGUGCCUGCCACCAAACCACCCAGAUUCUAUCAACUGUGAUGACUCCGUUGUCUUUGACACGUUCAGAAGUUAUGACUUCACCCCCCUGGAUUCCUCAGCCGUGUACGUCUUGAGCAGCAUGGCCCGCCAGCGAAGGGCGUCCCUGUCCAGUGGGGGGGCCGUCAGUCCAGACUGUGAGAAGCUGGAGCGCUCCUGCUCCCCACAGUCUUCCAGUAGCAAAUCAAGCAGGAGCCACAACUCAGGGACGGCCAGCGGCGCCACACCCACAAAGUGCAAGCGGCCGAUGAACGCCUUCAUGCUCUUCGCCAAGAAAUACAGAGUGGAAUACACCCAGAUGUAUCCUGGGAAAGACAACCGAGCCAUAAGUGUCAUCCUGGGAGACAAGUGGAAGAAGAUGAAGAAUGAGGAAAGGAGGAUGUACACCAUGGAGGCCAAGGCUUUGGCCGAGGAGCAGAAAAGAAUCAACCCGGACUGCUGGAAACGCAAGCGAACCAACUCGGGUUCCCAGCAGGUCUGACGGUCCCGGCAGAACCCAGCAGCUGGGAUUCUAGCGUGGAGAGACGUCCCGCGGACCGCUCUGUCUCCUCCAUCGCCUGUAUUCUCCAGACUCGACUGUGAUGCUUUUGUAACCUGGAACGUAGUGACAGAAGAAAAACCCCAAAAACAAAGAAAUAUAUUCAAGAUUAUGUAAUCCAGUCACUAACUACAUAUAUUUUCGUAUUCGUUUGUUUCCCCUUGAACAACGCAUUAAGCCUUUCUUCUACUUCAGGUCAUUGUGGGGGAUAAAUAAGUCUGUGGUGCUUCAGCGUAAACGGAGCAGCAUUUUAUACUAUUAACUGUAUAAAUGGGAAUUUUAAAAGACCCUUUUUCUACAAGUGUUCAUAUUGAUAUUUGUACGAUUCAAUAUGCUGCACAGAACCGUUUCCCUUUCAUACGCUUUGUAUUAGAGUCUAUAUUCCAGCGAGUCUCUUACGGCGGCCUGCUCUCCGGCUUGUGAUGCAGGUCCUCUCUCAGCCACACGGCACCGCGCCGCGAGCGUUCACCCUCUCUGCACUUUACGUAAAUAAGCAAACCGUCGCAGUUUUGUAUUCUGGCGACGACACCACAGGUUCUGACACAAUCAUGGUCCAGCUCCGCUCCGCUCUGCUCUUCAGGUUGCCAUUGAAUUUUAAGUGCUUUCUCUGUUUUGUACAGGUUUGGACCCGACGACGACCUCUUGCACAAAAUAACCUUGUAUCAUAUUAUAAAUAAUUUUUUGUAAAACUCCUCAACAAAGUGUGUGAUUCUGUUUCUUUCCACUAGAGGGCUUUACCCAUAGACAUACAUUUACUAGACACUGCUUCAUCUUGAGUCUUGGAAAAACAUGUUGAGACUCAAAGGGUAUUUUUUUUUUCCUAAAAGUGUCUCUCGUUUAUCUGAUUUUUCAAGUUUUCUCUUUUUUUCACACAUAGUUAACAGCAUAGAUUGAAUAAAGGAGACUUCAUUAACUGGGAUGUAUGGUGACUGAGACCAUCACAGCAAAAACAACAACAUAAAAAAAACAGUAAAUCAGCAAACAAAAAAAUGAACUCUGCAAAAAUAAAAAGAAA